AUGAUUGGAUCUCCUGAUGUGCUGGCCUUCACCAGUGAAGGGGAUUUGGGGGGUACCCGGACGCCCAGGGACUUCAUACUGGUGGCUGAGUUCUCAGAACAGGUGGGUCCCCUACCGGUCCGGACCAUCCCUGAUGACCCCAGAGUGAUCGGGUCCUUCGACCUGAACCAUUUCUCUCUACGCAUCAUGUCUGUCGACUACCAAGCCGUAGCCCCUGGAGGGGCGUUUGCCUACGUUCACCACCUGACGCUCUAUGACCUGGAGGCCCGGGGCCGUCCGCCCGUUCUGCAUGGCCUACGUCUCUGCCGACGAGAGGAAGAUCAUGCUGCAGUUCCAGGAGCUGUCGCUCCGCUUCUCCCGCGCCUCCGAGUGCCUGAAGACGGUAACCGACGGGCCAUGUUUCCCCGCGAGCUGCAGAGGAAGCUACAUGACCUGGAGUACACACGAUCCAUCCUUCAAGCAACGCUUCAAAGGAUAUCCAAUGAGAGUGCGGAGAUCAAGGAGGAGGCGGAGCUGCAGAAGACGGCCAACGAGCUUGCUAGCGUGGAUCGUUCCAUCCUGGACCACAGAUCCCUCCUCCACCAGGUCACUUCCUAUCCCAACAGGAAGUUAAAAGACCCUGGCUUUCUGCCCUACGACCCCUCCCUGAUCCCAGAGACCCUCCCCUUGACUCCUGAUCCCCCCUCCCCCUCAUACACCCCCCAGCUGGUUUCCGGGGCGUCGCUAGGGGGCGGGGGCUGGUCAGCGAGGCGGUUCGACCGCCGUCUGAAGCCGUUGGAGGAGCUGAGCGACUGCUACUUCCUGUCUCUGACGCUAGAACAGCUGGGCAACGCAGAACGCCGUCUCCGUGGAGACCAGAGUGUUCUACACAACCGUCGCAUCACACACAGGCUCUCCAGGACGCUUUCACACACACAGUUCCUUUUCCAGCUCUGGGACCAGGAGGAGGAGGAGGACCUGGAGGAGGAGGGGGUGGGGCUAGAGGGAGGAAGCGGUGUGAUGUCACAUCCUGUGGCGGGGGCGGGACCACCGAGCCUGGAGUUGUUCUUCUCCUGCGUGGAGGAGGUGUCAAUCAAACUGGAGACAGGAAGUGGAGGGGCGGAGCCGACACUUGAUCCUGAGGGAGAAGGAGUAACCGCGGAGACGAGACCAGGCAGCGUGAGCAGCGGAGACAGCAUUGAGGUUCUGGGGACGGAGCGCUCAUAUAGAACACAGGGACUCACCCACGUGGAACUCAGAGGUACAUUGUCUGGUGGGUUGGGUCAGGGUGAAGGCUGUGAUGUGGUGCGGAGUAGUGCCCCUGCGGAGGUGUGGAUGAGACGUGACGUGAGGUCCCUGGCACGGAGGGCGAACAGCGAGGACAGUAUUGAGAUCAUCAGCACCUCAGACUCCAUCUUCCCCGAUGACCUCAUCUUUAACGCCAUCACAGAGGAGGAGCCUGAGGAGCAUGGAAACAUGGGUAUCCAGACGGAGGGAAAGGUUGAGCUAGAGGACACUCCCACUCAGCUGCACCGCACCCUGGGUAUUGAAGUCCGGAAAUUGGAGGAGGAGGAGCCAGAGAGAUGGGACACUCCGGCCCCCUUGUCUGAGCCCCAGAGAACUCUGGUCCACCAGGUGUCAGUAGAGGGCUCCUCCCAGCAGUACGAGAGUCACCAUGCCAACGGCGAGGUCAGAGGUCAGGCUGGGCGUGACAGCAGGCGGGUGGUGGUGCCUGACCUCCAGGUGAACUUUUCUAUCCCCUUGAGGUUAGAUGUUAGAGGUCGGGGGUCAGGGGGGCAGCGGUUGCUAGGCGACACCCCUUACAGGCUGAGUGUAGACGAGGCGUCGGACUGUAUGAGCAACAUCAGCACCUCUCCAUCUUCCUCUCUGCCCCCCACACAUCUCCAUGGCAACCACAGUGCUAUUAAUCCGCGACGACAUCAGCGCCAGAGGAGGAAGGCGGGUCCUGGAGCCCUCAGGUUCCUGCGGCAGAAUUCCUUCUCCCAGAAUGCCGUGUUCUGCCUGCUAAGUGGACGGCCGCUGGUGGUGAUUGGUGGAGAGGAGGGUUCCGUGAGGAGGACGGUCGCUGCCCUCUCGCUCUACCUGCCUUCACCUGGGCGCUAUGGAGAUGCUGUGCAGCCUUACCUGGCCACGCCUCUUCAGCUGACAGACCUGCUCACCUGGAGACUCAUCGGAAUCCACAGGACGUCUCCUACAGCUCCCAGCAUGCUUCACUCUCUGGCUCGUUACGGACGGUACCUGGCUGUGCUGGACCUGGACCAGCGUACACUGAGAAGCCCCGCCUACCACGGACACCUCAUUGGCCGGCUGGCCAACCCCCACACUCUGAUAGGUCGUGGCAGCACCUACCUUCUCCAUGUGGAGAGCUGCCUCGCUGAGCUGACCGCAAAGGCCUUCCUGCUCUCCUGUUCUCGACCUUCAACUCUAACAUCGGGUCGAGCUCAGAGUUCACCUGGGGGUCAAUCAGCACCCAUCUGCCACAGCCACUCGGACCUCCAACUUCCCAGCCUCCCAGGGAGGACGGACUUCACGCUGACUCAGCGUCGCAGGGACUUCCUGUGUGGGCGGGGUUUCAGCGGGGAGGAUGACCUCCGGGUGAUGCACUUCCUGUCUGACCUCAUCAAACAGCACCACGCAGGAAGUGGUCCUCCGGCCCUCCGCUUCUCCUACAGUGCCAUCCCUUUACAUAGAAACACCACAACAUAGAUAUACAGCCCUGUCCCUUUACAUAGAAACACCACAACAUAGAUACAGCCCUGUCACUUUACAUAGAAACACCACAACAUAGAUAUACAGCCCUGUCCCUUUACAUAGAAACACCACAACAUAGAUAUACAGCCCUGUCCCUUUACAUAGAAACAUCACAACAUAGAUAUACAGCCCUGUCCCUUUACAUAGAAACACCACAACAUAGAUAUACAGCCCUGUCCCUUUACAUAGAAACACCACAACAUAGAUAUACAGCCCUGUCCCUUUACAUAGAAACACCACAACAUAGAUAUACAGCCCUGUCCCUUUACAUAGAAACACCACAACAUAGAUAUACAGCCCUGUCCCUUUACAUAGAAACACCACAACAUAGAUAUACAGCCCUGUCCCUUUACAUAGAAACACCACAACAUAGAUAUACAGCCCUGUCCCUUUACAUAGAAACACCACAACAUAGAUACAGCCCUGUCACUUUACAUAGAAACACCACAACAUAGAUAUACAGCCCUGUCCCUUUACAUAGAUAUACCACAACAUAGAUACAGCCCUGUCACUUUACAUAGAAACACCACAACAUAGAUAUACAGCCCUGUCCCUUUACAUAGAUAUACCACAACAUAGAUAUACAGCCCUGUCCCUUUACAUAGAAAUACCACAACAUAGAUAUACAGCCCUGUCCCUUUACAUAGAAAUGCCACAACAUAGAUAUACAGCCCUGUCCCUUUACAUAGAAAUGCCACAACAUAGAUAUACAGCCCUGUCCCUUUACAUAGAAACACCACAACAUAGAUAUACAGCCCUGUCCCUUUACAUAGAAACACCACAACAUAGAUACAGCCCUGUCACUUUACAUAGAAACACCACAACAUAGAUAUACAACCCUGUCCCUUUACAUAGAUAUACCACAAAAUAGAUACAGCCCUGUCACUAUACAUAGAAACACCACAACAUAGAUAUACAGCCCUGUCCCUUUACAUAGAUAUACCACAACAUAGAUAUACAGCCCUGUCCCUUUACAUAGAAAUACCACAACAUAGAUAUACAGCCCUGUCCCUUUACAUAGAUAUACAGCCCUGUCCCUUUACAUAGAAAUGCCACAACAUAGAUAUACAGCCCUGUCCCUUUACAUAGAAAUGCCACAACAUAGAUAUACAGCCCUGUCCCUUUACAUAGAAAUGCCACAACAUAGAUAUACAGCCCUGUCCCUUUACAUAGAAACACCACAACAUAGAUAUACAGCCCUGUCCCUUUACAUAGAUAUACAGCCCUGUCCCAUUGCAUAACUAAAGCAUUUCUUCCAUACUGUAUCCUGUCUACACUGUGAAAGGAGAGAUCAAGAGUGCAUCUCUAAUGCCACCCUGUUCCCUAUAUAGUGCACUACCCUGUUCCCUAUAUAGUGCACUACCCUGUUCCCUAUAUAGUGCACUACCCUGUUCCCUAUAUAGUGCACUACCCUGUUCCCUAUAUAGUGCACCACCCUGUUCCCUAUAUAGUGCACUACCCUGUUCCCUAUAUAGUACACUACUUACUAGUAGUGUACUAUGUAGGGAAUAGUGAGCUGUUUGGGAAGGAACCCCCCUCCACCGAUCACCUUCACAAACUGUUAUGAAAUGUUCAUUGGUGUGUGUGUAGUGCAGUGUACUUUU